CUAGUACUAGCAUAGAUAUAUAAUCUCGCGAGCAGAGUCUUCCUGUCUCGGUGCAGCUGAUAGGGAUCCAUUACCACUACGUAGUAGUAAAAUUGUAAUGCCCAAGGAGCAUGGUCUAACUCACGUGAUAACGGUGGUGGUGGUGACGGUUUUCGGGGCUGGAAAAACGUUCCGCCAGCUGAGCUCAGGUCAGCUACGUAGGUUGGCUAUGUUGAUGUAUCUGCCUCUUCCGGUAUCUCAUUCAUAAGCAGUCUGGAAGCGCAUCUGCCAACUCUCCACCACCCAGCCUUGCUUCCUAUCACCUUUAUACAACCGUUCUCUACCCUCGAAUUCUCAUCUCCCGUCGCCAGCAUGGGGUCUGACCCGCAGUACAUCAAGUUCCCCGAUCUUACCCUCGCCCAACAUGUCUUCAACCUUUCCAACCCAUCGUGUCCGCAGACGGUGCGGCAAACGUCGUUGAAGAAGGUCCAGGAUGCUAUCUCUGAGAAUAAAAUGGCGCCUUUCUACAGGCAUCUUGCCCACCCCGUUGAAGGCAUCUUGAACCACUCUGGUGAAGGCGUUCCUCAGCACCAAGCUAGCUCAACUAAGUCCCUGAUCACCUCGAAUAUGCUGGCAUCUCGAAAGUCACCCCAAAAGAUAGACUUUCCAUGGGAUGAAUCCUUAUACCAGUCCCUAGUUGAGGAUAAUAAGAAGGAGUUGGAUGCUUUCCAAAAGGAAGAAGAUGAGGCGGAAGAAGCAGCUGGUGACACCGAGGUCCUUGCGGCCCGGGGGAAGCGUGCUGAAUUCUGGGCGCGCGUAGGAGAUAAGGACAAAGCCAUCGAAUCUCAUGAAGCACUCCUCGAAAAGACGACAUUCCUCGGAACCAAGAUUGACUUGGUGCUGGCUCUGAUCCGUAUUGGACUCUUCUUUGGUGACACCCUGUCUGUGAGAAAAAACAUUGAACGAGCAAACACGCUUAUCGAAAGCGGUGGUGACUGGGAUCGGAGGAACCGUCUCAAGGCGUACAAGGGCUUACACUUGCUCACGAUUCGAUCCUACAGCGUCGCUGCUCCCUUACUUCUUGACAGUCUGUCUACUUUCACGAGCUACGAACUCUGCAGCUAUUCCGCUUUGGUCAUUUACUCUGUCCUCGCGGGUUCACUGUCAUUGAAGCGAGUCGAUUUUAAAGCUAAAGUUGUGGAUGCACCGGAGAUCAAGGCUAUUCUUGGGUCCGGGGAGGAUCGGGUAGCUGCUUUGACUGGGGAGGUGUCGUCUGGCCCUAGUGCAAAGGACGAAGAAAUGAAGGAUGCUUCUACAACUAGUGCCACUCCAGGUACCGCUACCACCGCCGUUAACUUGGCCACCUUGGGGGCUGGCUCCGGGAUCCAGGCUGAUAUCGAAGCCCCUGUGGACUUCUCGCCUCUUGCCGACUUGGUUAGCAGUCUAUAUAAUGGCAACUACCGGUCAUUUUUCGUGGCCUUGGCAGCUGUGGAAGACAAUUUCUUGACUCAAGACCGGUAUUUAUAUGAACACCGCGCUUGGUUUGUCCGGGAGAUGAGACUCCGUGCCUACCAGCAGCUUCUUCAGAGCUACCGGGUGGUAGGAUUGAACAGCAUGGCCAGCGAUUUUGGAGUUACGGUGGACUUUUUGGACAGGGAUCUGGCCAAGUUUAUCGCUAGCAACCGCAUCGCAUGCACAAUCGACCGAGUAAAUGGCAUUAUCGAAACAAACCGCCCAGACGACAAGAACAAGCAGUACGCCGACGUCGUCAAGCAUGGCGAUUCUCUAAUCACGAAACUUCAGAAGUAUGGCCAAGCUGUGCGACUGCGCGGAAGUGAAAGGAGCUAAAGCUGUGAAUGGUGACGAAUCUGAGAGAAUGGUCUGAUUCUGGAUUGUCCUGUGACCCGUGGACGUUUCAAAGGAUCCCUCGGGAUAUGAUGGUUUGAGUCAUUUAAUAAAUAUUGUCCUCAUGAUUACUGUUAGAGCAAAAGCAAGCGAGGCUGCUGUAUCAUACGUCUAAUGAAACCUCCACGGUAUGUGGGCUGACCGGGUCUAAGCGUUGCGUACGUGGAU